AUGGCCAACAAGUGCAAUCAAUGCGGCAAGUUCCUAUCGCCUACAGAGGGCGCAAAAUGCAAUAAGUGCAAUGCAGUGUUCCAUCGGUCGUGCGUCAACAUCAGCCCUGACUCCCGCCUCCCCGCGCGCUGGACAUGCCGAGGUUGCCGCGGACAGGAACAUAAGAAUAAGUCUCCGGUAAAUACUGAAUCACCCUCUGUGGAUAUUUUUAUAGACGCUAACUCUACGGAAAAUGAGAAGACAUCGGAGUUAUCCUUAGCUAAGGAGAUGAAGCUUCUCAGGAUGGAGCUCAUAUCUGUCACACGGGAGAUGACUUCAUUCAGGUUAGAAUUAGCAAGAAUGAACGAAAAUAUAGUUGAAUUCAAUAAAAGGGUUGAUAAUGUGGAAGAGCGCAUGACCUCUUUGGAAGAAAAAUUUUCCAGUUCUGGUGUCAGCAAAGAUGAAAAUUUACAUGAUAUCAUCAUACAGUUAAAAGCAGACAUCAAUGACAGAGAACAAAAUUCAUUAUUGAAUGAUGUUCAAAUAACGGGAGUGCCAGAGCGGAGUGGAGAGAAUGUUAUGCAUCUGACACAAGCGAUCGCUAAUAAGUUGGGUAUGGCCCUCGACUCUCGCGAUAUAGUGAGCGCCGGGCGAGUCGGCCCGCAUCGCCUGUCGACAUCGAGUGAAGAGCGUAGUCGCCCGCGGCCGGUGAUCGUGCGAUUAGCGCGGCGGUCUCUUCGAGACGACAUCAUAAAGGCGGCGCGCGUGCGACGCGGGACCGAUACUACAGGUGUCACUGACGGCAAUCCCACGCGAGUCUACAUUAAUGAACAUCUGACUCGUGCUAAUCGCCUAUUGUUCUAUAAGGCUAGGGAGGAGGGAAAACGUCACGGCUGGCGCUUUGUAUGGACGCGGGAGGGGAGGGUCCACAUGCGACGCGAGACGGAUACGGCAGUGCAGCGUAUUCGUUCUGAAAACGAUUUAAUUAAAAUUUUUGGUUCAAAAUAA